AUGGGGCUCACCCUAGAAGGGAUGACACCCAUCGGCCCUACCAACCUGACAACAGGGGGUGGAGAGACCGGUCAGAUCGUUAUGGCCCACGCCGAGAACGAAACUCCAAGCGACCUUACCCGCAGUCUCAGUCAGCACUCUCUGACGAAGAGAUGGGUACAAAAGCCAAAUCAGACCCUCCCCAGAAGGGUAGUGGAUCUAAAGGUGGAUCUAAGGGUGAAUCAUAGUCCUCUGAUCUGACAGAGGAAGAACGCAAACUCCUUAGACAAAUAAUCCGUAGAAUACAGGGAAAAAGAGAUAAGAAAGCAGAUCUCUUCUCUGUCGUCGUCGCCGCCGUCCAGGAUGACACUUCUGAGCCAAACAUGAUGCCUGUCCAGCAGACUGCAGUUCAGGAGGACGUGUGUAUGUCCUUACAGGAGUCCGUGACACCUUCACCAGCUGACACUCCUGUCAAUCUUGAACCUCAGGACAACACAUCACAAUAAACGACAUCUACCAGCGCCGUCUUGGUAGUACAGGCGAACUCCGCAGAGGAGCCAGCCGAAGAAGACUCCUCACUUAUUCGGCUUGAACCACCUUUCCUCCAAUUCUUGCGCAACCUCACUGAGAAAGGCAUCGCACAGAAGUUUUACAUUAAUACCAUCCUUGAAAAUGAACUUCAACACGAAGCUCUCUUAGACACUGCUGCUGACAUCACUCUGAUGUCCUCCACGCUCUUUAACCGCUUGCGCAAUCUGGUGCAGCAGUCCAACAGGGACAUCAAGCUGCAGCCCUGCGCUAUGGAGAUUCGGCCGUACUCCACAGACAGUACGACCUUAAAACAAUGACCAUGUUGAACAUCUCCAUUGGACCAAUGAAAAUCAUGCACCCCGUGUAUGUGUCGCCCCUUGAGUCGAUUCCUUUCCUCAUCGGUCAAGACCUUUUAAAACGGUUUGAGCCCCUGAUCGAUUAUCGACAGCUGAAAAUAUGGGCACAGGUCCGCAGACCAUUACCCAUACCAGCAACCGACAAGAAUCGGGCUCAGUGUUACGCCCUGACGCGUGAACCUGCUACAAGCACACCGACAAGUGUAAGCUCACCGGAGCAACCGUACUUGACUGACGACAAGCCAACAACCUUGCUCGUGGCCUUUCGAUGA